AUGGCAGCCGUCCUGCUCUGCAUAUGUGUGUUUUUGGUGUUUUCCGGACAGACUUUGGCUAAUUACGAGCCGACCUGGGAGUCCCUGGACGCCAGACCUCUGCCAGCCUGGUACGAUGAGGCAAAGUUCGGCAUCUUCAUCCACUGGGGCGUGUUCUCUGUGCCCAGCUUCGGCAGCGAGUGGUUCUGGAACUACUGGAACCAUCGAUACCCAGCGUACGUGGACUUCAUGCAGAGGAACUACCCUCCUGGUUUCACAUACCAGGACUUUGCUCCGCUCUUCACCGCAGAGUUCUUCGACCCCAACGUCUGGAGCGAAGUCCUGUCUGCGUCCGGAGCCAAGUAUGUGGUGCUGACGACCAAGCACCAUGAAGGCAAGCACUGA